CCCCGCCGGAGCCCCACUAAUGCUGGGCUUGUGCCGGCGCAGCCGCCCUCGCCCAGCCCCAGCCGCGGGUGCCGGCGGGUGACGGGGUGCCGGGGGCGGCGGGGGGGGGCAGGCGGCCGCCCAGGCCGGCCGGCCGGGCUCCUGGCAGCGCCAUGCCCGGAGAAUCCAUCCCCAGCCAGGGUUUGGGGGGAUUGGAGAAGGAAAACGGGAUGCCGGAGGGAUCGGAGGCAGCCCCCCCGCCGGCCGGCGGCCCCCCGCCGCUGCCCACCAAGGAGGAGGCUCGUCCGCAGCCCGAGGGGGCCAGCUGCGACCCCGGCCCCCCCCCGGCCGCUGCCACCACCACCGCCGCCGCCCCCCUGGACACCCGCAUCGUCAUGGGCGAGGAGACCCGCUCCCCCGCCGCCCCCCCCGAGCUGCGGGGGGGUCCCGCCGUGCCUUGUCCCUUCCCCGCUCCCACCAAAGACAUCCCCCCCCCGCAGCACCACCGCCAAGGGGCCGAACCCCCCCAUCCCGUCAGACCCCCCCCACCUGCCGCCAACCUGGACCCCGAUCUCUUCUUCACCGCCCCCUCCACCCCCGUCAGGGUGGGGGGGUCCCGGUUACCGCCGCCCCCCCCCGAGGAGCAGACGGACGGGGAGAGCGAGGGGCUCUGCUCCCCCCCGACCUCCCCCUCCGGCUCCUACAUGACGGCGGAGGGGGGCAGCUGGGGGGGGUCCUCCGGCACCGCCAGCACCUCCCCGUCCUGCUCCCCCAACCUGGUGGCCGAGGCCGAAGCCAUGGCGGUGGCUGAGGAGGAAGAAGAGGGCGACGCCAUGAUGGGGGUGGACGCCAUGAUGGAGGUCAACGCCAUGGCGGUGCUGCCCAUGGAGUCCCCCGAGGAGGAGGAGGAAGAUGGGCCCUUCGCCCCGCCGGGGGAUGAUGAUGAGGAGGAUGAGGAUGGGCAGACGCCGGAGGAGGAUGAAGAGGAGGAAUGGGGGGUGUCGGAGGACGCGGGGCUGAUCCCGGCGGCCCUGCUGCCCUUCCGCGGCAGCCUCCUCUUCCAGGCGGAGGCGGUGGAGAUCGCCCCGCUGCCCCCCGCCGCCGCCGCCCCCCUGCCCCGCUCCGCCCAGGAGGAUGAGGAGGAGGAAGAGGAAGAAGAAGAGGAGGAGGAGGAAGAGGAAGGCGGCAGCACCUCGGCCUCCUUCCUGCGCUCCCUCUCCGAGACCUCCAUCACCGAGGGGGUGGACGAGUCCUUCGCCUUCCGCGACGACACCUCGGCCUCCUCCGACUCGGCCGCCUACGACGGGGAGGAGGACGAGCGGCUCUACGGCACCGAGCGCCAUGCCCUGGGGGCCGAGGGGGGGCCCCCCGCCGCCCGCACUCCCCCCCACGGCGGCGUCGAGCUCCACCUUCACGCCGGCAUGGCUCCGGCCACCUCGGCCUCGCCGGAGGAGUCCCCCCAGCACCACCACGGCCAGGAGCUGGUGGCCACCACGGAGGAGGAGCGGGAUGGCAGCGAGACCCCCCCGGCGCCUUCCGGAGAAGGUGGCAUGGAGCCGGAUGGCACCUUCCUCACCUCCUCUUCCUCCUCGGAGGCGGAGGAGGCCUCAGCCCCGGAGCACGGUGUCCCCAUGGGGUGUCCCCAGCCGGAGCUCCCCCAGGUCCCAGAGGAGGCGAUGGCGGGUGUCGAGGAGGAGCCGGUGGUGAAGGAUGAAUCCAUCACGGAGAUGGUGGCCGUUGGCAGCAUCCUGCAGCCCCCCGGGCUCUGCUCCGGGGAGCCCUGUGACCCCCAAACCCAUGGGCUGGGGGAGGACAACGUGACACCGGCCAACGGGGAGCCCCAGGGCAGCCAUGGGAGUGAUGGUGACGAUGAUGGUGACGGUGAUGAUGAUGAUGAUGAUGGUGACAGCGACCAUGAGCUUGGCACUGUGAGAGGGGGGAGCAACGAGACAGCAUCCACUGAUGGCCAUGAGGAGUUGGACACUGUGGCCACUGACCUGGUGGCAUCAGUAAUGCCCAGCCCACUGGCCACUGACCUGGUGGCAUCAGUGACGCCCAGCCCGCCGGCCCCUGUGGCCACUGACCUGGUGCCAUCGUUGAUGCCCAGCCCACUGGCUGCUGACCUGGUGGCAUCAGUGACACCCAGCCUGCCGGCCCCUGUGGCCACUGACCUGGUGGCAUCAGUGAUGUCCAGCCCAGUGGCAACUGAUGUGGUGGCAUCAGUGACACCAAGCCUGCUGGCCACUGACGUGGUGGCAUCGUUGACGCCUAGCCCGCCGGCCCCUGUGGCCACUGACGUGGUGGCAUCGUUGACGCCUAGCCCGCCGGCCCCUGUGGCCACUGACGUGGUGGCAUCGUUGACGCCUAGCCCGCCGGCCCCUGUGGCCACUGACGUGGUGGCAUCGUUGACGCCUAGCCCGCCGGCUACCGACCUGGUGGCAUCAGUGACGGCCAGCCCGCCAGCCCCUGUGGCCACUGAUGUGGUGGCAUCGUUGACACCUAGCCCGCCGGCUACUGACCUGGUGGCAUCAGUGACAGCCAGCCUGCCGGCCCCUGUGGCCACUGACGUGGUGGCAUCGUUGACGCCCAGCCCGCUGGCUACCGACAUGGUGGCAUCAGUGAUGGCCAGCCCGCUGGCCCCUGUGGCCACCGACCUGGUGGCAUCGUUGACGCCUAGCCCGCCGGCUACUGACCUGGUGGCAUCAGUGACGGCCAGCCCGCCAGCCCCUGUGGCCACCGACCCGGUGACAUCAGUGACGCCCAGCCCGCUGGCUGCUGACCCGGUGACAUCAGUGACACUCACCCCGUCAGCCACCGUGGCCACCGACCCGGUGCCAUCGAUGACGCCCAUCCCACCAGACGAGCUGGCCACUGUGGCCACUGACCCGGUGCCAUCGAUGACGCCCAUCCCACCAGACGAGCUGGCCACUGUGGCCACUGACCCGGUGCCAUCGAUGACUCCCAUCCCACCAGACGAGCUGGCCACCGUGGCCACUGACCCGGUGCCAUCGAUGACGCCCAUCCCACCAGACGAGCUGGCCACUGUGGCCACCGACCUGGCACCACCGGUGACAUCCAUCCUGCCGGACGGCGUGGCAGCACUGUCCCCAGGCCAUGCCCACCAGGAGCUGGUGGACGCGGUGGCCUCAACCGGCGAGUCCCUGGAGCCAGCGGCGACCCCGUGUCCCCCGGAGCCCGUGGCGCGUCCCCCCGGGGAUGCCGGCGAAGCCCCCGAGGAGUGGGCCGAUGCCACCGCUUCCUCCGAGGAAUCGUCCCCGGAGCUGCUGGAGACCUCCCGCUCCCGCACCGACUCCAGCUUCUUCACCGCCCCCGAGGACAGCGCGGGGGAGACGGCCGUCCCCCCCAGACCCCCAUCUUCCGAGGAGGAGGAGGAAGAAGAGGAGGAGGAGGAGGAUGCUGCCCGCCGCUGCCUGGCCCUCUGCCUGCCCCCCUCGCCCCCCGCCGUGCCCCCCACGCUCUUCACCGCCUCGGAGCGGGAGGUGUACGUGGGGGUCCCCCCGGCCCCCCUGGAACUGCUCCAACCACCCGGUGCCUUUUCGGAGAGCGAGGCGGCCUGGGAGGACCGCCAACGGGUCGCCGUCAUGUUACGGGGCUCCUUCGGGGACCUGCCGGCCCCCCGACAGCCCCCCAGGUCCCCCGAGCCCCCCGAGGUGCCGGUGGAACCACCCCCCCAGCCGCAGGCACCCCCCGAGGAUGAGGGGACGGAGGAGCCCCCGGCCCCCCACGAGCCCCCGACCCCUCGGCCGGGCGAUGAGACUGCUGGGGACACCGAUGCCAAAGUCCCAGGGGAUGGUGGCCCCCCGAGCCCCCCCAGCGAGCCCCCGGCCCCCCCCGGGCAGCAGGAGGAAGAGGAGGCCAUGGCGGGGGCGGCGUCCAGCCCCCAGCCCAGCCAAGGGGGGGAUGCUCAGCCCGAGCCCCCCCAGGAGCCAGCGGGGGAAGCAGCCCCCCCCGAGCCCCCCAGCCCGCCGCCGGCCCCCUGCCCUCCUCCGCUCCCCGAACUCAGCCAAGUGCCUCCGCUCGCCGCCACCGCGCCCUCCCCGCCAUCGUCACCCGGCCCGGAUCGGGCCCACGGCCCCCGGGACACCUCAGGGCUCCCCGCCGGCGAGGAGCAUCCCUCCGUCCUGCCGCCGUCCAGGAAGCACCUUGAGGCCCCCCAGCCCUCCCCACGCAAGGAGAAGGAGCCCCGUGGGCGGCAGGCGGGGGCGGGCGGGCGGGGGCCCCCCCGGGGGUCCCUGCAGUCGGAAUCGAGCUCCUCCAGCGAGGGGGACGCCCCGGAGCCCUGCCCCGACAUCCAGCGCCUGCGGGAAGCCGCCGGCAUCGCCCUGCGCCAGGACAAGCAGCCCCCGGCCCCCCGCCGCUGCGAGGCCAACCAUAAAGGGUCGUGUAACGAGUCGGAGAGUAACGACGAAUCCAUCCCGGAGCUGGAGGAGCCGGAGGGCUCGGAGCCGCCGCCGGCCCAGACCCAGGCGCAGCUCACCCACUCGCUGGGCACCGGGGAGGAGACCGUCAGCAAGGCCAAGCAGAGCCGGAGCGAGAAGAAGGCCAGGAAGGCCAUGUCCAAGCUGGGGCUGCGGCAGAUCCACGGCGUCACCCGCAUCACCAUCCGCAAGUCCAAGAACAUCCUCUUCGUCAUCACCAAACCCGACGUCUUCAAGAGCCCCGCGUCCGACAUCUACAUCGUCUUUGGGGAAGCCAAGAUCGAGGACCUGUCGCAGCAAGUGCACAAGGCGGCGGCGGAGAAGUUCAAGGUGCCCAUGGAGCACUCGCCCCUCAUCACGGAGACGGCCCCCACCCUCACCAUCAAGGAGGAGAGCGAGGAGGAGGAGGAGGUGGACGAGACGGGGCUGGAGGUGAGGGACAUCGAGCUGGUGAUGGCCCAAGCCAACGUCUCGCGCCCCAAAGCCGUGCGGGCGCUUCGGCACAACAACAACGACAUCGUCAACGCCAUCAUGGAGCUGACCAUGUAGCGGCCGGGGGCGGCCCGGCCCCUGCCCCCCCCCCCCCCCCAACUCCCUGUAUAGAUGCACAGUUACUCCCCCCCCCGCCCCCCCCUCACCCCGCCGCCAUCCUUCCUCUAGGACCCCCCCAUACUCCUCCUCCCCGUC